AAUCACAAUUUAGAGGUUGUUCUUUUUUCAUAAAUUGUGUACGUUCCCUCUUUUCAAUUUAUAAGAUGGUCUUAUAACAACGAAGACGCAAGUAUGGAAAUUAAAAUAAAGUUGUUGACACUUGAUAAAUAUCUGCUUUAUUUUUUUAACAUAGUUCCACAGAGUGACAUUUGAUACCACAUGAAAAUUCACAAUAAAAUAGCGUAUACAGAGAUGGUAUACAGUCAGUCUAAAUACUUAAUAAGUCAUACAAUAUUGAAUUGAGCUUCAGGUAGUUGUUCAUAUACCUGUAUAUUAUUCUUGUUUUGUUAUUCCACACAGUCCAGAAAUAGACUAAAGAGGCACAUUAAAAUACCAUGGACAUGCACUAAGUGAGAGAUUAUGUCAGUAUUAUUAAGCCUUGAGUGGUUUGUAAAAUUCACUGAGACAUUUAUCUAUAAAGCCAAAAAAUGUCAGGUUCUCAAAAACUCAAAAUAUUGAAUAAUACGUUUUUCCUUAAAUGUUUCACAUCAUCAAACAAAUGUAAAUAUUUGUCAAUGGCAACACAACUGACCACAAAAUGCAGUUUUUAAAUGAAGUUUUUUAUUAUUAAGGGAGAAAAAAAUCCACUGUACAUGGCCCUGUGUGAAAAAGUGAUUGCCCCCCCCCCCCUUAAAACAUACUGUAACUGAGAUUAAUUGACAUCUAACAGUCUGGAAAAGGUUAUAAAGGGACUCCAGCGAACCACAGUGAGAGCCAUUAUUCACAAAUGGAUAAAACAUGAAACAGUGGUGUACCUUCCCAGGAGUGGCCGGCCAAUCAAAAUGACCCCAAGAGCGCAGCAAUGACACAUCCAAGAGGUCACAAAAGACCCUACAACAACAUCUAAAGAACUGCAGGCCUCACUUGCCUCAGAUAAGAUCAGUGUUCAUGACUCCACCAUAACAAAAACACUGGGUAAAAACGGCAAGUAUGGCAGACUUCCAAGACGAAAACCACCGCUGAACAAAAAGAACAUUAAGACUCGUCUCAAUUUUGCCAGGAAACAUCUUGAUGAUCCCCAAGACCUUUGGGAAAAUACUCUUUGGUCUGACGAGAGAAAAGUUGAACUUUUUGGAAGGUGUGGGUCCCAUUACAUCUGGUGUAAAAGUAAUGCCGCAUUUCAGAAAAAGAACAUCGUACCAACAGUAAGACAUGGUGGUGGUAGUGUGAUGGUCUGGGGCUGUUUUGCUGCUUCAGGACCUGGAAGACAUGCUGUGAUAAAUGGAACCAUGAAUUCUGCUGUCUACCAAAAAAAUCCUGAAGGAGAAUGUCUGAACAUCUGUUGGUGACCUCAAGCUGAAACCAAUUUUGGUUCUGCAGCAGGACAAUGAUCCAGAACACACCAGCAAGUCCACCUCUGAAUGGCUGAAAAACAAAAUGAAGACUUUGCAGUGGCCUAGUCAAAGUCCAGAGCUGAAUGCUAUUGAGAUGCUGUGGCAGGACCUUAAAAAAGCGUUGUGUGUGUGUGUGUGUAAAACCAUAACAAUUUCAGGCAAAUUUAAGGAACAGAGAGAACAUUAAAUUUUUUUAAACAUCCUUUGGUGAAUUUCAGUGAUAUCCAUUUAACACACUAAAAUGGCUUGAAAAUGUGGACAUUUUUACAAUAUGGAAAUAAUGUUAAGCGGCACAGAAAAUGAAUGAAUGAACGUAUAUUUUUGUAUUUCUUUAUAGAAAGUAAAUAAUGACUGCUUUUUGUGCUAAUUUGCGGUGUGCGCGAGGCACUGCUAGCCAAACGUCCUUGUAGAGUCGCGCGCAGUUUGACUGUUACCGCGGCAACCAACUGACGCUCCUGUCAAUCACGACCCACCGCAGCAGCCGUGUGACUCUGGACCCUCUGCCUUCGAGUUGACUAGCACGUCUAAGGUAUGCUUUGUUAACGAGAUACUACAUUGAACAUAAAGUGGAAUAACUGUUAUUAAUUACGUAACAACUUAAUCAUUUUGAGUAGAGGGAGGUGGACAAAUGAAUUGUAGUCGUAAGUUUAAACAAGUCAGUAAGUUUACCCUGCUAGUAAGUGAAAACGUCUUGGUUUCCAUGACAACUGAGCAACAGAAGACCACCACUCCUCAUUGAAAACCAAACUUACUGGGAAUAUUUCUGUCUGGACAGCACAACAUGGCAGAACAUAGCAGCAGGGACACUGAUGAUCUUCUUCAACAAGACUUGCACAACAGCAGCAGUGGAUUUGAGCAGCAUCAUCCACCUCUCAGACCCGAUCCCUGUGAUUUCCUGCUGGAUGCCAUUGAUGCUCAACUUGGAAAACUGCAGGUCAACACCUGUAACCAAGACAGCAGCAAAUCAGCACCAUUUAAAUGGAGCAAAGACACAGGUCUGGGCAGCACAGUGUCCCAGACAAACGACACUCCCAUGUCUUGUUUGGAUUUGACGGAUACUCCAACAGUGAAACAAACAUCAGCAGAUGGAAGUACUGUGGCCCCUGUCCCAUGUGAGGAGGCUACACCGGAUUCGGACGUAUGGACAGUUAGCAAAGUGGAGAUGGAGUGUCACAAGGAGCAGGUCUUAUGGAGACUAGAGAGACUUCUUGGAGAUACAUGUAAGCAAAGAGCAAUGUCAGGCGAACACCAUCUUCCUUCAGAAAGUAUCUGCACUGAGGACUUUGUGAGGUGCUUUCGAGAGGAGAUGGUGGACUUGGCAAUGCCAGAGGGCAGUGUGCAAGAGCUGGACAAAGAAGAGGAGGCGGAGAGGUCAAUGAUCUCUGAUGGUGACCCUUGCCAGAGUGACCAAAAUGUACAUGGUGUUGUCAGGUUUGCAUGUAGAAAUGUGAAAAGCAGCAAAGACACGGUUGACUUUUGCCACUACAAGCCAAAACAAAGGGAGGAACGAGACAGAUAUCCUUCACACAGCUCUGGAGUUCCAACGCCACACAAUGUCAUUUAUAGCACAGAGAUUGAAAGAGAACAUCGGAACCCCACGCACAUUUCUUCUCCGAAAGCCAGGUGCUUAGCAGGGGUGCCUGUGUGGAAUUUCGACACAGUGUCCAUUGACAGUGAUCUUGACUCAGUCUGUACAGAUGUAGUAAGGCGGCAUCUCCACAGACAGGCUGGAGCUUUCCAAACCAAAAGUACUCUUCUCCUGCAAGCCCAGCGUGGUAGAAGAGAUAUUUACAGAGCUGAGUGUUCUUUGGGGAAUGAUGACAAAGACACAGAUGAGGAGUCAAAUGGACAUUGGAGCAGGACGUCCAAGCUUGAAAGGGCAUCCGAGAAUAUGCACUCUGCUUGGGAGAAGAUGAGACAUCAUCUCUCCUCCCUCAGACAAAGAUGUGUGAAAGUGGAGGAGACGCUACGGAUGAGAAAGUCUCAUUUAGCUGAAGUGGAGCUCUCCCUCUCUGAGCUGCAGCUGAGGAGAAAGAAUGCCAUGCAGGAUCUCGAGCGGCUCAGUGCAGAGACGGGGCACAUGGAGACAGAAAAGAGGCAACUGGAGUAUUUGCUCAAAGACAGCAAAUCAGAGAGAGACUCAGUGAGCUGCCAGUUGCAGAAACUUCAGAGGCAAAAACAGGCUUAUCUUCAUGACCUUAGACGCAUGGAAGAAGGACUAAAGAAGAAAGACCAACUAGAGGACAAGUCCUGUGUGGAGAAGGUGUUACUCAACAAUAUUUCAACAUGUUUUCUUGGCACUCCCCACUCAUUUGUUUUUCUGUUUCACAAACAGACCAACAUUGUUAUGUCUGAGUUGGAGAGGCAAGAGAUGGAGAGACAGUUGGAUUGUGCCAAAACUGAACUCUUCUCUGAGCAGCGACGGGCAAGAGAAAAGCUAGAAUCCAUGCAACAAAUGUUGGAGGAAACUUGCGAGGAACUCUUCAGGGUCUCAGAGACAGAAACUUCGCUAAGGAACAGGUGCACUUGUCUGGAAGAGAAAGAGAGACAGAAAAAGGUGGAGACUGAGGGUCUUGAGUGUCAAGCACGUGAGCUGCAGGGAGAACUGGGAGCAUGUAAAGCCAGAGUUGACACACUGGAGAAAAUGUUGGCUCAGAAGGAGCAACACCUGCUAGAUUUACAGGAGCAACGUGGAGCCUUGCAAGCAGAAGGAGACCGACAGAGGGGGGAGCUAGAGUUCAUAAAAACCCAACACGACAAUGCUCUUAAAGAAGCCAGAGGACACGCCUCCUCAGCCAUGGAGGCAGCUCUGAAGCAGCAGAUGAAAGAAUUAGACUUUAGUUAUAAGCAGCAAAUAAAAAAGGUAAGGGAAGAUGAAGCAAAGAUGCUGGAGAAUUCUCUUAAGCACCAGAAGGAGGAGUCCAAGAAACGAGAAGAAGAGCUGCAUGCAGAAACAUUGGAGAAGGUGCACAAGGCCGUAGAGGAGGAGAGAAGGAAGAUGGAAGCAGAGAAGAUGGAAUCUGUGCACUUUCACUGCAGUUUACUGGAAGAGCAGAACAGGAGGAGCCUGGAACAUGCGAGGAGUGAGCUGCAUCAAGAAAAGGACAACGUACUGACUCUUCAGCAUAAAGUGGCAGAGCUGCAAAGUCGAGUACAGGAGCUAGAGGGUGAGCGCAGUGGGCAGCAGCGAGAGCAGGAGUCUCUGCUCUCUGUCAUUUGCAGGUCGCUGAAGGAGGAGCACCAGGCCGAGCUGGAGAGGUUGCAGAAACACAUGCAGCAGGAGGCUGAGAGGACUGUGCUGCAGCUGGAGCAGGCUGCACAGCUGGCAAAGGGAGAAGCUGAGAAGAUUCACCAGGUGCUUGAAGAGAAAGAGAUCAGCCAUAAUGAAGCCAGAGCGGAGCAGCAGCAGCAGCUCAGGGCCUGGGCUCAGGAGCUGGUGGCUGAGUGUGAGCAGCUACAUCUCUUAAUGGGGCAGAGCGGAGGCAAACCAAAAAGUUUGCAGCUCCUUUCCAGCGCUACCAUUGAUGAGGCCAUCAUCUACCUGAAAUCUCUGAAAGACCCCUUAAAGCAUCUGCAUCAGGAGUUAGAUUCUCUGAAGCAAACCAGUGAGCAGCUGCAUGCAGACAAGGAGAGAGAAUUAAGGCUUCAGAGGCAACAGCUGAGGAUGGAGCGAAACCAAGCCCUAGAUUCUCUGAAGGAACGUCUCAUUCAAGAGCACAUAGAGGAGCUGAGCAGUCUGAAAUGGGCUCAUAUGAGUGACGGAGGACUGGAGGCCUCUCUUCGCAGGCAGCUGGAGGCCAAAGAUAUGGAGCUGAGGCAGGUCCAGACGAACAUGGCUCAGUGGAAGGAGCAGACCACUGCUCGUCUGGCCUGCAAGUUUGAGGAAGAGUUGACAGCUGAACUGGAAAGAAAGACAUCACACAUACAAGAGACACAAAGGUCAGAGGGUCAAACGAGGCAUAGUACAAAGCAUCAGGAUGUUCAGUAUUCCAACCGCUCGACCUGCGUUUAUGCCACCGUCCCCCACAUCCCCUCAGACGUGGCCUCAUUAAAACUUGUGCGUUACUUGCAGAGCAGAGUCAAUCAGCUCCGUGUAGAGAACCAGACAUGGAGGCCAACACCAGUGAAGACAGGACCCUGCCUACUUACAGUGAGUCAAUGCAUUCCGUCUUUAAAGCUUGUCAUUGCUCUUCACACUUCAUAUACUGCAUGUACAUCCUUUUUUAAAUUUAUGUCGAAGCAUAGCUGCUGGAUGCUCGUAGGUGUUAUGAUCUUCGUUGCUUUUCUGAUAAAACAGACAAGAGAUAACAAACGGCAACAAUAUUACAGAAUGUGAGGCAAAAUAAUCAAAACAAAAAUGCGUGUAUCUCAGCAACUGUGAGAUCCACUCAAGUAAUUCAAGCAAUCACAUUCCUGAUUUUUCGUUUCAUUUACAGCAACAUCAAGAUAGUGAGGAGAAUUCAGAGUCUCUUGUCCAUCAGGGCGGUCUCCAGUUAAGGGCUUGAAGCAUCACACGGUCACCACUAUUAUGGUAGAAAGACCACAGCAUUGAAUAAUUGUGUGACUUGCAAACUUGGCCACAACACUAGAUAAAAAGGGAACUAAACGCACACGCAUACAGAAUACUUACUCUCAGUGCUCAAGAAUGAGCAGAUGAGAAAGAACUGGUAAUACAAGUCAUUGUUAUCUGAUCUGAACCUUGUGUGUAUGGGCGUUCAGGAACGUUCUUUUGGGAAGAUAUUGGUGAUCCACAUCCUUUAUGUUCAAUAAACAAGGACACUUCUCUCUCAUCGUAAGCUGUGUCUGAGUGAAGUUAUUUAAGAAUCCACAACAGUAUUUGAAUAUACUUUGCCUUACAGAAGAAAUGAAUCAUUCACUGUUAAGUGUACUUAAGAUAGCAUCUUAACGAGCAGGUCACAGUGACAAAUGACACAACCGAAGGUUUAGUUGUCGUUUGCACUUUCCUCUGUGUCAAUGUUUUAUGGCUCAAGGUUCCAGAGGUUUGCAGGUUUAACAGGAGGCUGACAGUAGAAACCUCUUUUUUUAAAAGAAUCCCUUAUAAAUGUUACGUGUUAAAAUUGUACAUCUCAUGUGACAUGCAUUCAUCUUGCCAAAUUGACAUUUAAUCAACUUUAUUAUUAUUAUAAUUUAAUAUCAGAAUAGGGAAUGGUCUAACACGCUGCAGUUUUCCAACUGGACGAAGCACGAUAUACUUGUAAAACAAAUAAAAAGGGAAAACGUCUGAUUGGAAUACCGGUGUGUCAUGUAUGAAAACAAAUAAUUCAAGGUGAAUUUCCAGGACUUUACAAACUCUUCAAAGCGUACAUAGCAUACUUGCUAAGCAAAACAGAAUGUCUUUCAACCACGACAAAUACAGCUCUUGUACAAAGUCAUGCAUGUUAGCAUUUAUGGACACUGAAGAAUAUUGAUGGCAAAAAUGAGUUGCUGCCCACGGAUGAUUAACAAAGAACACCUAAUUAGAAAAAGUCUAUCAGCGCAAUAUUAACCAGGCUUUGGCAAAUGUUUGUUAAUUAUUACUCAUGGAGCUGAAGCUUGAGAGUGAUUUGAUGCAUUUGGGGGUUACAUGAACGUAGCAUGUCAGGAUGUUACUUCAUACUGGGAUUAUAUUCAUGGGACCAAUAGUGACUCAAGCGAAGGCGGCAACAAUUCCAAGUGACCAAUUUCGUGCCAAGAGUGACAUGUCCAAGCAAGUCCGGUCAGCCAGUCACACCUUACAUUUCCAUGUCCUCCUCUCCACAGCUUUGUGUGACUGGAAAGUUAUGGAGAGGAGAGUGUGUAUCUGCAGGCGCACUGAGGGGACUCUGAGGAGAGGGAGAAGCACACAGAGUCGUCGGAUGUCGGGAGACUGUCUGUUGUUUCCUCUGUUUCUGUAACGAGCCUUUUAGUUUGCGACAGAAGGGGUCUUCUGGUGGCCGCCACAACACCAGCUCCAUGCAGGAAUGGCUCCUAGACGCAUAAAAGAGAACAGCAUGAAUGUGGACGAACGUGUUUGGCAAACCUUUUGGGCGCAAACAUACACAGAUUGAGCAACUGUUUGAGGGAGGAUGUCACUGAUGCCGCGCUGCAGGCCUUCCUUCAAACUGUCCGAGAUGAUCAGUACUGGCCUUCUUUGGGCCGGCUCCACAUCCAGAUCUUCAUCCUCAUCGUCGUCCUCCAGCGUUAUUCUAUCCAAUGACAGAUCUUAGUCUUAAUAAUGUUCUCAUGUGAAACUUGUUUUGACAAUAAUUGGUAUAAUAUUGCUUAGGCAAUAGAGCCUCUAAAGUCGAGAUUGUCUGUUUUGAAAUUAAACAAUUUAAUCGGUCGGAACAAGACACCUUAACAAUGAUGGAGAACGGUAUUUUUUUUUUUUUAAUUCUGAACAAACUGGAUGCCGAGGAGCAUCACAGAAUGGAUUGUGUACAACCUGUAUUGUUUCAGUGUUGCAGUGUUUAGCCACUACAUUGCAUACCUGUUUUCAAUCUCUUGAAGCUUCCUCUGAGCAGCCUCUACUUCCAUGCAGGAGCUCUCCGUCUCAAGUCGGGACACAGCAGAAGAGGUCCGCAAUGAAGUCUGGUUGUGAGAUGUUGGACAAGGAGGUGGAGGAGCAUGGUUGCCUUGACGUGCACACAAAGUAGGACAGCUGUUUGUAGAAGGCCAGUCAGGUGCAAUGUCCAGCUCUGUCUCUGCUGUUAAUCUUCUUCUUUUGGCAAGACAUCCUCUGAGAAAAUAAAAUAAAAAAAGGUAUUCAGUAUUAUUAUACUCUAAUCACUUAGAUAUUCUUGUGACAAUACAUACUCAUCAUCAACUCUCCUCCUGUGCUUCCUGAGGCAUCUAGUCUCCCAACUGCUGUGGGAGAGGAACGGAUGUGUUACAGACAUUACUUGAAAAUGAAUGAAAAUACCAAAAAUAAUCCUUACUUGCUUGACAGUGUUCCUCUUUGUAUGUGGUCAGCUGUGUUUGGAGAUCCAAGAUCAAAUUCUGGUAAGCUUGUGGGCCCAGAAAACGUGUACAUGGUUGGUAGCAAACCCAGGUGACUGCUCGGGGGUGCCAAGUGAUGCAUUACGGUUCAGUCGGCCAGAUUAUUAUUUUAAAAAUCAUGUGUAGGGAAAACAUUGAAACAUCGUUACAAACCGUUUCGUUCCGGUAUAGCUGUGUUCUUACUUUGUGUGAUUAUGGUCAUUUACAGUCUGUAACUUGGGAGUUGGUAAACAAGUCAUAACAUCUGUCCAUACAACUCUUUAUCAGCAAUGCUAAUGUCGCAUUAAAACAACAUCGCUGCAGACUAAUAUUGGAACAUGACACGGAUAAAUUGCAAUGGCAGCUUUGUCAAGGAGCUAAAUAGCAACUUUAUGAUGGUGGCUAAAAUAGAGAGUUUAGCCUAUCCCUUCAUGUUUGCACUGUUGUUUUUUCUUUUGCUAGCGCUCUAAUCCCUUACGUUUAACAGCAGAUUCAGACAGCACAAUUACAGACUAAAAAACAACACACUUACUAACCUACUAACGAGCCCUCAAAUGUUUGGUCCCCGCAGAGUGAACAGUUUACAAAGAAGAGUGCGUUAGGAUAGCAAAGCUUCAUGCACCGGAAGAGUCGCCUAUAUUCUAGAAAGCGCACAGACUCACGGGAGUUGGAGUUGGCAAAGAGCUUGCUGAAGAGAGCGUCGUAUGUCUACUCCUGACCAAAAAUGUUGUGUUCUUUUUCCGUUAUUAUUCUGACUCCAACACUAAUACAC